AUGUCUCAUAAGAAUACGGAUUUUGUAAUAGCAAAAUUUGAUUAUAAGGCAUCAGAUGGUCAUGAACUUGGUAUUCAAAAAGGUGAACGAUUAACACUUAUUGACGAUAGCCAACACUGGUGGAAAGUGAUGAAUUCAUUCGGUAAUACAGGCUAUGUACCCAGUAAUUAUGUGAAACGAUCAAAACAGGGUAUCUUUUCAAGUUUACGCAAUACUUUGGGGCGACGAAAAAGUCGACAGGAAGGUACACUUAGUACUAGACAAUCCAAUCCGUCUUCGCCUACUCCAGAUGAAAGUAAUGGAUUUGCAGCUUUCGAUUUGAGACAUGAAAGUGUUGAAUCUCUUGGCUCAAAGGUUGUUGAAAUAUCUGGGUCUACAAGUGUUCUAACUCCUCCUAGUCAAGCAUUUGCAGAUAUGAGACUUCAUGAAGGAGUGCUUAAUAAUACAUUUCCUAUUCCAUUACACAGUCAAACAGCUGUUCAACAUGGUGAGAGAUUUCAAGAGGCAAACAAAACUGUUGAUAAUGAAUCAGUCAAUUGGCUGUCAAAAUCGGAUACAAAACCAGCCUAUCCUCAGGUACUAUCCAUUUGCAUACAUGACUAG